AUGCACGGGUCUUUUCUGUCGCUAUCGGCCACGCUGGCUAUCUUACUCCUCAGCACGUUCGCCAUUGCUUACCGACCCCUCCAAUUCGUCAAACACACAGGCCAAUCCGGCCGUGCGGAUCAAGCCUUCAGUAUGGUCAACUACUUUAACGAAACCACGCAACAAUCUGACCUCUAUGUCCGCAUGUGGAUGUUCCGGUACAAGUCUUCUAACAAGGGCUGGGCUUCUUUGGGACUGGGUCCGCGGAUGAAAGGGGCCUUGAUGUUUAUCAUCUAUGGUGAUCCUAAUGCCGAGGAUAAAGGUGUGACCUUGACGGUGAGGACUGUGGACGGACAUCACCCUCCCCGACCUAUCGACGAGAUGAAGGACUUCUACAGCGGUGAUGUUCCCGAGGUCGAGGUGGUGACGGCCCAUUUCGAGGACUAUACCGGUGAUUGGUACUCUGAUCAACUGCAAGCGAAACCCUCGCAUCUGGGCAUUGCGGAUUUCAUUGUUCGUGGAUACGACCGAUGGACCGCCGCGGAACUUGGGGUCAAGAACGACACUACGAAGCAAGCCAUGAUCUGGAGCUCCAAUUUUAGACAAGACUUUGAAGGCGACUUUUCCGUUGACAGGGCCAUCGAUAUGCACCAGUUUGGUCUGGGCUUCGGGUUUUUGUGGGUGGAUCUUCUGAACGCGAAGAGCGACGUGCCAUUUUUCGGCGGCAUCAACGAAUUGAAUGAUCAUACCGGAAUCAGUGAGACAGCGGAACCCAAGCCACCAACAGAGGAAGAGCUGAAGAAAGGCGAUGAAAUUAUCGCAGCCCAGCUUGGCGGUGACAGCACGAAUGAAAGCGGCAGUGGAAGUGGUGACAGCGACUCGAAGGAAGUGGUUCCAGAAGAGCCGGCGGAUAAAGCCGACGAUUCAACUCCAGAAUCCACAGACGCGAAACCAGAUAGCGAUACUCCUGCAGCGGAAGCGGACGAUGGCAGCAAGGUCGAACAGCCCGUAAAGUCGGUCAAGCAGUGGAACAUCAGGUCGAUGAUGUGGCACCUUCACGGUUUCCUGAUGACCAUACCUUUCCUCGUCGGCUACCCCUUGGCAAUCUACCUCCUCCGUUCUCCUCGCACAAGCGCGGCGGGAACAGCAUUCAACUACCACUGGACCGUCAACGCUCUGUCCUCCAUCUUCGUCUCCAUUGGCGCGCUGAUCGGCUUUUGGAACUCCCGCUCCAUAUCCAUCCCUCACCAGUACAUCGGCAUCCUCAUUCUCUGCGCCCUGGCUGUCCAGCUCGUCUUGGGCUGGAGACACCACGUCGUGUUUGUCGCGACCGCUGGCCGCAGGACCUGGAUGAGCACCGCACACGUCAUUUUGGGCCGAGUCGUCUUUCCUAUCGGCAUCAUCAAUGUCGUCUCGGGUCUCAUGCUGCGACACUAUGGUUGGCCGAUUAUCUCGCUCUGCGUUGCACUGGCCGUGGUCGAGGUGGUUGUCUUGACCCUCGUGGUGGGCCAGGCGAGGAAGAGGCGGCCCGGCGCCAUGCAGAAGGGCUCCACGGCUCCGACAGCCGACGAAGCCGAGGAGUACUUCCAACUCGCCGGCGAUGAUGACGAUGAGUUCAGCGACGACGACCAGGAUGAGGAGACAGGGAGACUAAAUGCCGAGGAGCGUGCCAGAAAGGAAGCGGAGCGCGAGGAGCAACGGAAGAAAUUGGCCAAGUUGGAUCGUGUGUAG